AUGAGUACUAUGUUUCGUAAACAGGAGCUUUACGGUGGUAACAUCACUACAGUGAUUCCUGAAGGAUUUAUAGAUGUUUCUACGUUACGAGAGGUUCCAGAUACGCAGGAGGUCUUCGUUAACAGUCGAAAACCGGCAGAAAGCUUCGAUGACGGGCUCGGGCUGAACGAAAGUAUUAUUAUAGACCUGUUGCAGCGAGUCGACGAGUCGGAUGACCGCAAGGCGCUCGAUAUCCAUCUCUCUGAGGUGUCUAGCUUGAACGGCUCGAACAGCUGGCACGUGAUCAGAUAUAAAUUGAAAGGGAACGUACAGCGGUGUGCUGUAGUGGACUCAGUCCUGAAAUGGGGCAAGAAGGAUUGUCGAGACACUGUGGUUGUUUUUGUCGGUCUGAUAAGGCUUCAACACGUUGAAACUGAUGUUUUAAUCACGGUUAAUUGCCCUGUUGAGGACGAAGAGGAGCGUUUGCAGCUCCAGCGAGCCAUUGAGAACGCUGAUGUCAGCUGCGCGAUCCCCUCGCGCCUGGACGCGUGCUACCGUCUCUUGGACGAAAUGGUUGCCCAAUUUAAUGUAGUUGACGAAAGCCUGUUUGUAUAG